GUUAAUCUCGGUGCAAAAUCCAGAACUUUCGUUUUGUUGCACCGCGUGCAAAUUUUGCGGGAGCUUUUAUCGUUAAUUUUUCUUGUUGUCUUGUUUGCUGCUAGACUGCAAUCGUUCCUGACAAACCACAGACUUCAAAGCAACAUAAAGUUAGUCAGUUGAAAAAGUAUAUUCACACGAUUUGUUGGCCUAACGCUAGCUAAUUUCCCUUGUCAGAAGCUUAAAAAAGCAUUCAUCGCUGAGUUACGAUAGCAACAUGAGUUUCGUCGAUCUUUCCGGUGAUGGUGGAGUCCAGAAGCAGAUUCUCCAGGAGGGAUCUGGGGAAGAGACGCCGUCUUCUGGUUGCACUGUUUCGCUUCACUACACUGGAACACUGGAUUCGGAUGGUAAACAAUUUGAUUCCAGCCGGGACCGAAAUGAGCCGUUCGAGUUUCAGCUGGGCCGUAGUUCGGUAAUUAAGGCGUUCGAUAUGGGUGUGGCCACCAUGAAGCUGGGUGAAAAAUGCAUCCUCAAAUGCGCACCAGACUACGCAUACGGAUCGUCGGGUAGUCCACCAAAUAUUCCGCCGAAUUCUACAUUGAACUUUGAGUUAGAAAUGCUUGGAUGGAAGGGUGAAGAUUUAAGCCCUAACUCGGACAGAGGUAUCGAGCGCUUUAUUUUGAAGGUUGGUGAGGGUAAGAAGACACCAAACGACGGUGCCUUGGUUAAGAUCCAUAUAGUCGGUCGCUUUGAAGAUAAGAUUUUCGAAGAAAGGGAUGUGGAAUUCCAUAUUGGCGAAGGAGAGAAAGAAGGAGUUGUUCCCGGAAUUGAAAUUGCUAUUGAAAAGUUUAAAAAGGGUGAAACAUCGAGAUUAGUUUUGAAACCGAAGUAUGCUUUCGGAUCAGAGGGAAAGCCAGAUGUGGUACCAGCAAAUGCCACGGUUGUCUAUGAAAUUACUAUGAAAGAGUUCGAGCGGGAACCGGACAGUUGGAAAUUGGAUGAUGAACAGAGAAUAGCUCAAUCCGAACUAUUCAAACAGAAAGGCACUGCAUACUUCAAGGAUAAUAAAUUUAAAUUAGCUCUUAAAAUGUAUCAAAAAUCGUUGAAUUACCUUACCAGCAGUGAUUCACAGGAAGCGAAACAACGCCAACUUAUCAUGUACCUUAAUAAGGCUCUGUGUCAUCAAAAACUAGAUGAACAUGAUGAAUCAAAGGAUGCUUGCAACGAAGCCCUGAACAUUGAUUCCAAAAGUGUUAAAGCUCUAUACAGAAGAGGUCAAGCUAGACUCGCCCUCGGCGAUAUUGAAAAGGCUCUGCUCGACUUCAAUGCCGUGCGAGAAUUGGAGCCGGAAAAUAAGGCUGCCCUCAACCAAGUCACUAUAUGCAAACAGAAAAUUAAGGAAUAUAAUGAACAGCAGAAGAAGGUUUUCGCCAAUAUGUUCACCAAGUUCGCUAAGAGUGAUAAGCAGCGUGAGGAAGAGGAACAGAACCGGCAACCCGACGUGAUGAAACAGAACUUUGGCGAGUGGCGUGAUGACGAACGUGAACAUGAACCGACUCGAUUCGAGCAAGAAAAUCCGGAUGUCAUCAUGCUGAACGAAUCGUUGAAGGAUUUCAGAAAUAUGUAAGGAAGAGAUUUUCUUGUGAGCUCUCGAGCAACUGCGCAGUAACCUAUCGUUCAUGAACGAAGUAAUUAUAGUCAUUCCUAGGUGUUCUCAGUUCAAUAGUUAUCAAUACGAAGUUCAGAAGUGCUGAGUUUUUAUAAAACCUUUUAAGUUAUCAUCUGCUUUUGCUGUGGCAACUGUUUGUUCAGUAAAGAAUAAGAUAUUUCCUGCGCGAACGAAAUAUAUCAAGAGCUUGUAAAAAUAGA